AUACACGCCCACAUCCACAUCAAUUCCCAGCCAACCCAACCGCUCUGUCUGUCGUGCUUUGCGACUAGGGGUGGGAGAGUAGAGGACAAAAAGCUGCGCGGCAGUGGAGAGAGCAAACGAAUCGCAAUAUAGAGAAGCUAAAGAGAAGAGACGAACAAAACAAACCGAUGGUACUAUACUGUGCUCUUAGCCGCUCUCGCAGCAAUUCAAUUGUUAGAUUUUAAGCUCUUCUAAUAAGAGAGCCAGUACUGCUUCGGGUCCAACCAAAACCAGCGAUGCGACAGUGACAGCGACGUCAACAGCGGUCGGGCGUCUGUUUGAACGGGAAAAUAGAAAAAAGUACUUCUACCUCAAUCUUUCGGGCGCCGCGGACAAGGAAACAACAAAAUAGUGUAGAAUUUGUUUCUGAAUUCAGAAAAGUCCGUUGAAUAUCCCAUAAAAAUAUCCAUAUUAGCAGCAAAGAAUUUAUACAUACAUAUAAUGACGUUUGAAACAGUAAAAGGAAAGUGGAAUAUUGGUGCAUGCCAAUAACGGUCGCAUGGAAAUGCCAGCAAGCAAUCAGUCCUGUUCGUUGGACUUCACAUACUCACACGGAUACGCGUCUCGUUGCGAUUUGUCAUUGUGUAAGGCAAGAAAAGGUGUCUGUUCCGCAACGCAGUGCCUCAGCCAAUCAGGCAAAAAACAUUUUUUGGCCAUCCCACUCAUUUCAUAUACACACCGACAGAAUUGGCAUUCAGCUUUCUUGCAGUGCAGUAAUGGCAGUAAUGACUCAGUUCGAUAGCAUGACUGACAUUGAUGCAAGUAUUCAGCAGCAGCAGCAACUCCAAAAUGUGCAGAGGCUGCAGCAAGAGAGUAGCCUGCAGGAGCUGCAUCAUCAGCUGAAUACACAGUUCGGGGCAGGACGUUUUACAGCGCCGAAUCCCCAUCAUCAACAUCAAGCAACUGCUGUUAGUCCCGGCAAUUUGGUACCGUUUCUUCCAGCUUUUCUGCGUCCACCAGUACCUGCACAGCAGCUGAUACAACUAAUGCCUGGCCAUGUGAGUUCGCAGUCACAGCACAGUCAUACUCAUCAUGGACCAACGAGCGCACACAAAAUGGCUAUGCAACCAAUGUGGCCGACAGCUGCGGUCGCGGCGGCACACAUUCAGGCCGCUUUGGCGGCAGCAGCAGUGGCCGCUUCCAAUAAUAAUAACCACAGUUCUAGCAACAAUAAUCUUCUCGCAAUAUCGGCAAGUGUGAAUAAGCCGACGGAUAGCUCCGGUACACUACCAACGCUUGAGAUUGGAGCUUUGAGAGGAAGCUGCAAGUCAAGACCAGAGUCUCCCGUUCAGGAGUGUCAUAGCUAUUCAAUGCUUUCCUACAGCCACACGCCACCAGAGUCACCCCACGGUCGAACAGCCUUAGUCCAGAGUCAAAGUGUCCCAGAAGAGUGCUCCCUAACCUUCCCAUCCUCGCCGGCCGAUCAUAGCGUAGCAAGUCUUUCGGAAGCAGUUCAAGACUCCGAAAUGGAGGUUCCACUAAAUCUAACCAAGCCGAAAGGAUCGCCGGGUUCUUCUCCAACCAGUUGUUGCCCAAGAGACCAACGUGAAAGUCUUACUCCUGUCGUAUCCAGUCCGCCAUUAGGCUGGCAUCAUACAGUCCAACAUCAUUACACAGACAUGGAAGCCCCACUUUUAAAAACUCGUGGCCAAAUAUGGAAUUCUGCUGGCGUUACGGGUGAUUGUCCAACAUUAUGUCCCUCUGGUAUUGGAGUUGGCGUAUCACGGGCGGCACGGAUCAGUCGCGAUUCCACAAACAGUUGCGGCACGAAUUCAGAACGCUCCGCAGCAUUGGACCCAGACUGUUUUAACAAAAAUCAAGUUAGCCCAGGUGCUCAGCCACCGUCAUCAACUCAUCCGCAGAGACAUGGUAAUGGACACGGACAUGGCCAUGGUCACAGUCAUAGCAAGCCACACAUCAAAAGACCCAUGAACGCUUUCAUGGUAUGGGCAAAAGAUGAGCGUAGGAAGAUUUUAAAAGCUUGCCCUGACAUGCAUAAUUCAAAUAUUUCGAAAAUUUUGGGCGCCCGCUGGAAGGCUAUGUCGAAUGCAGACAAACAGCCGUACUAUGAAGAGCAAUCGCGUCUCUCAAAGCUCCACAUGGAGCAGCAUCCAGACUACCGCUACCGGCCGCGUCCCAAACGAACGUGUAUCGUGGAUGGAAAGAAGAUGCGCAUAUCAGAGUAUAAAGUAUUGAUGCGCAAUCGCCGAGCAGAGAUGAGGCAGCUCUGGUGCCGCACUGGUGGAGCUAGUACUGCGGGUCCGGGAAGUGCCUCUGCUGACUCCUGCUUAAAUGGACAGGAUGGUCCACCUCAUGUGCACGCUGCGGCUGCCGCAGCUGUCUAUCAUUUGCAGGACAUGACACAGGCUGUAGCAGCCGCCGCCGCGGCUGCAGCUCAUGGGGAUGAAUGUGGAACUCCUCCUUCACAACCGUUGGGCUGUGCGACUUCUGGCACUUUCUAUUAUCCUGCAGAGAGCUUAUCGCCCUCUGGCUUCUCAUCAGAGGAAAUGGAGAUUUCAUCCCAGCGUGAAUUAGACGACUAAGAUAGCCAUCAGCAGACUUAAGCAAGGCAUGCCAUACAAACCAGCCACAGAAUAUCUAGUUAUAUGUAUGACUUCUUGCCCUGCCCUAUAUGCCUAUAUAACGUAAGCCUCCAUGUAUGAAAAUAAGAGAAAAGAAGAUAAUGCAACGCACCUUGGGGUUGUAAAUAGAAAAAAAUUCUAGGAUAGUCCUUGUAUAGUCAUAUAAGUUUCAGUUCAAGUGCCAUUACAUAUGUAUAUUUUAAAUAAUUAUUAACUAAUAUGUGAAUCAAUUGUUCGCAGGAUGCUCCGUCUGAGUCGGCGAACCGGGACCAGCAGAGCAUUCAUGGGAACGUUGCAAUUUUUGUGCCAUUCAUGCACCAAUGCCGUAGCUAUAGAAAAAUAUCCCAAUUCACGCGUACAUAAAUAGAUAGCUAGUAACGUUUAAUAUUUGUAAAAUAUGAAUAACAUAAAUGCAUACAUACAUAGUACAUAAUAUAUACAAAUUAUGAAUGAUGUUACUCGGGCAUUGACGAUUAGAACCCACUUAUGCAUUGGGACACAUUCAACAUAAUAUACAUAUACGCAUAUCUGUACGUUAACAUUCACGUUGUUAAGAUCAUAUGCUCUAUAUACAUUCUCGUACGUACGAGUAUAUACGCCAUAAUCACACAUAAGUAUUCCUAUUUUUUACCGGUACUUAGGCGAGCUGAACGGUUUUAUGUAAGAUUGUUCAUCAUUCUUUGUGAAUAUUAUUGAUUUUCUAAGAUUCAAUUUAAACUAAUCAAUAAACCAUGCACAUACGGAAAUACAUAUAUAUAUGUAUGUAUAUUACAGUGUAUGAAAAUCUGACAUGCAUCCUACCAAUCAGCCUGUAUACCCAUCCCACAAAAACAAAAGUAAUAGUAGCGCAUUAAGUAAUAGACCAAUUAAAAAUUUAUAUUUGUCUAAUAUUAUUUGCCUUUCAUAGCAUUGUCAAAACCAAUCAAGAAUGUAAAUCUAUAAUUUGUAUAAACUCAUCAAGCCAGAUAAUCGCCAUUUAAAUGUCUUUUGCUGAUCCAAAAUUCAUACCUAAACUACAAAUUGAAAUGUUAAAAAAUCAGCUCAUAAUAUACGUACACUCAAGUACAAGCUAAACGAUUAUUUAGACACUAUAUAUGUACAUGUAAUUAAUGGCAAUAUGAUAUGUUAGUGGACUACUCUCUUAGCUUUCUUUUGGCUAUAAGCAAAGAGCACAAGCUAUCCUUGUCUAGGUGUAGGCUACAUAAAAUACAUACAUAAUUAAACACACACAAGCAUACACAUAAAUCUAGUUUCUACAUACACGUGCAAUAAAAUUUUACAUUUCAGUUGGACAGUAC